AUGGGUGCGGCGGUGGCGGCGGCCGGGGGUCGAUGCUGGUGCGGCGGGAAGGGGCGGUGCCGGCCGGACCCGUGCGGGGUGCUGUGCCUGCUGCUCACCUACCUCAGCGUGGGCUACGCCGACUAUGUCAUCCUGGAGCAUGUCCUGCUCCAGCCGGGCUUCCGGGGCAGCCUCUGGUGCCCGUUCCAUGCGGUAGCGUUCAACUUCAUCGUGGUGAUGCUUCUGGCCUGUCAUAUGCGAGCCGUCUUUGCUGACCCAGGCAUGGUCCCGCUCCCAGACACAGCCCUCGACUUCUCUGACCUGCGAAGUAACAACAGCAGCAGCAACAACAACACAUCACACAAGAGCAGCCGGAAUAACGAAGACUGGACGGUUUGCAACCGCUGCGAGACCUACCGGCCGCCCCGGGCGCACCACUGCCAGGUUUGCCACCGCUGCGUCCGCCGCAUGGACCACCACUGUCCUUGGAUCAACAACUGUGUCGGGGAACUCAACCAGAAGUACUUCAUCCAGUUUCUCUUUUACACGGGCUUGGCUAGCCUUUACGCCAUGGGGCUGGUCUUGGCGACCUGGCUGUGGCCAGCAGACAAGAGCUCAACAGGGAAAGCCGAAGGGGCCGAGGGAGCCGCAUCCGCCAACCGGGUCCACAUCGCUCACCGCAUCAUCUUACUGGUGGAAUCUAUUGUCUUCGGGCUGUUUGUCACCGUCAUAUUUUACGACCAGCUGGUCUCCAUCAUCACAGACAAGACACCCAUUGAGCAGCUGCGCCAUCGGCUCCUGAAGGAAGCGCGCCAGGAAGUGUCUCACACGCGGAAGCCCAAGAUUGCCCUUUUGCGGGAGGUGUUUGGCCGAGGUUUCGUGAUCUGCUGGUUUUUCCCAUGUAAUUGCAGCUCCCCGUCGCCCGGCGGACCUUCCUACAGCUACUUGCCCAACUAUGAUGUGUGACUGGCAGGGGGUCGAGCCCUUCCUCCCCGGAAGGUUUUGCUCCGCUCGUGUGCAUGGCGCUCUCUUUUCUCUCUUUUCUCAUGGUGGGAGCGAAGGUUUCGUUCUGUUCCGUUUGCUGCGGUCGGCCGAGGCGGCAGCGCCUGUGAAUCGCAACGCUUCCAUCAAAUCCUGGAGGGGCGUCAACGUCUUCCCCCCCCAAAAAAAAUAUUCCCCCCCUCCGGACCC